CGCGUCUGUGGGCCAAUCAUAUGGCAGCGCGUGAGACUGCGAACCCCGGUAGGGAACCGGUGCUGGGCUCUGCAACGCCGGACUCCAGCCUCUCGGCCAUGGCCUCGGAAACGUCUCAGGAUCUCGUCGUCACCUGCACUGCGCCGGUCAACAUCGCGGUUAUCAAGUACUGGGGGAAGCGAGAUGAAGCACUGAUCCUGCCCAUCAACUCCUCUCUGAGCGUCACACUGCACCAGGACCAGCUAAAAACUACCACAACUGCUGCCAUCAGCAGGCACUUCACAGAGGACCGCAUCUGGCUGAAUGGUCAAGAAGAGGAUGUGGGGCAGCCACGGCUCCAGGCCUGCCUGCGGGAGAUUCGCCGCCUCGCUCGGAAGCGGAGGGGCGGAGGAGAUGGGGACGCUCUACCCCUCAGCCUCAGCUAUAAGGUGCACGUGGCCUCAGUGAACAACUUUCCCACUGCCGCAGGCCUGGCGUCCUCAGCAGCAGGCUAUGCCUGCCUAGCCUACACCUUGGCCCGGGUCUACGGCGUUGAGGGGGACCUCUCUGAAGUGGCUCGGCGGGGCUCAGGUAGCGCGUGCCGCAGUCUCUACGGGGGCUUCGUGGAAUGGCAGAUGGGGGAGAAGGCAGAUGGGAAGGAUAGCAUCGCCCGGCAGAUAGCCCCAGAGUGCCACUGGCCCCAGCUCCGAGUCCUUAUCCUUGUGGUGAACGCGGAGAAGAAGCACACGGGCAGCACGGUGGGCAUGCAGACCAGCGUGGAGACCAGCACCCUGCUCAAGUUCCGGGCUGAGUCUGUGGUGCCCGAGCGCAUGAAGGAGAUGACCCGCUGCAUCCAAGAGCGGGACUUCCAGGCCUUCGCCCAGCUGACCAUGAAGGACAGCAAUCAGUUCCAUGCUACCUGCCUCGAUACCUUCCCGCCCAUCUCCUACCUCAAUGACACCUCCAGGGCCGUCAUCCAGCUAGUGCACUGCUUCAACACACACCACGGGCAGAUGAAGGUGGCAUACACAUUCGAUGCAGGCCCCAAUGCUGUGAUCUUCACCCUGGACGACACUGUGGCUGAGUUCGUGGCGGCUGUAAGGCACAGCUUUCCCCCUGCAGCAAAUGGAGACAAGUUCUUAAAGGGGCUGCAGGUGUCGCCUGCUGUGCUCUCUGAUGAGCUGAAAGCUGCUCUGGCUGUGGAGCCCAGGCCUGCUGCUGUCAAGUACAUCAUUUCCACUCAGGUCGGACCAGGACCUCAAGUCCUAGACAACUCACAUGUUCAUCUGCUAGGCCCGGAUGGCCUACCCCGACGGGACCCUUGACCUCUUCCGUGUCCAGUCCCUUGUGUCAUUUGGAGAAAGGGUUGCUCUCUGGGACUGGGGAACUGGUGUGCUGAUUGGCCAUGCCUGAGGGUCGCUUGGUGACAAUGCUAUGCCAUUGCGUAUUGAUGAGCAGCUGCCUAGGCAGCCGGGGGUCCCCAAGCCUCACGUUCCCUGAAAGGCUUGCUGACCCACUCUGUUCCAGACAGGAGCUCAUUAGGGAAGGGGAGUCAAUGUCGCUCCUGUUAAAGGUGCUCUGAGGAUCUCUGUACCAGCUAAAGCGUGGAGGACAGCAGCUGCAGACAGCAGGGCAUCUGUUGAGACUCCGGCUCCUAAACUCAGGCCACACCGCGGAUGGAAUAUUUCUUUAUAGAGCCCAGUGACCCCUCCUGGUGAGGGCAGAGACUGUUGAGCCCCAGGGGCGGGUCCAUUGUGGGUGUGGGUGCUGACCUGCUGACUGCAGGAAUGAAAGGUACUGCUGCUGCC